UUUUAUUCAACUCUUUUUUUCACUCUCGUUUAUCAUUCAUUUUCCCUUCUUUCUCCGUCUUCCUUGUUCUCUCCCUUUCUCUUUUUUCCACCUCUCACUACUUUUUUCACUCUCUCUCCCUCUCUCUAUCUUCCACUAUAAAUCUCUCCCUCUCUGUCUUUUUGAAAACCAUAAAUUCACUCUUCAUAUCAAACUCCAAGAUUGUAAAACUCACAACUUGGAUUUCACUUGUUAAACUGAAGCAACUUUAUUCGAGAUUUUCGUUUCAAAAUAAACACUCAAUACACACAAUAACACACAAAUUAAUUUAUCAAUCUACAUCAUCUUUUCCUCUUCCUCUCCUCCUUCACCCUUUACCUCCCACUAUUUUUGCUCAAUCAUUUUUACACCAAAACAUACCAUUUUCUAACUCAUUGUUUCUUGUGGAAACCGUUUUUUACACCCAAUUUUUAAUUACCAUCAAACCUGUUGUCAUAAUAUUCAACCUUCCAGUCAAUAUUAAGGAUUUACAAUUUACUAUCCAUUUUAUUACCAACACUUUCAACUGUACCUCUGUUUACCGGUGUGAUAAUAUUUAGAUAAAAAUUGUGGCACCAUUGGUAUUCAAGCAAAUAUGCAUAACAACAGUUCAAUUGGACAUUGUCCAAAUCAUCGUGGUCGUUUAACUGAUCACAUCAAAAACCUGUUAACCCACCGAUACCUUGUCAUUCUUGCCUCCUUUUUAACAAACGGAAUUAUCUUCGGUGUUAUCAAUUCAUUUGGAGUUCUCUAUGUUCAUCUUCUCACAUUUUUCAAAAAUGGAACCAAAGACGCUGCCUUUUCAACCUCUUUGGUGGGUUCAAUAUUGAUAGGAACAACAUUUUCAUGUUCAGCUUUAUCAUCCAUUAUCACUGAUAAAUUUGGAAUCCGAUCAACCACAUUUAUUGGUGGCUUCCUUGCUACUCUGGGAAUGUUUACUUCGUCCUUUUCCUCAUCCAUUUACGAGCUUUACAUUACUUAUGGUCUUUUACUUGGCUUUGGUGUUUCCCUUUGUUAUGCACCUUCACUGGUCAUCUUGGGUCACUAUUUUACUUCCAACCUUGGUUUGGUCAAUGGCAUUGUAACCGCUGGUUCCUCCGUUUUCACAAUGAUCCUGCCCAUUUGUCUAAAGAUGUUAAUCAAUCGAUUCUCAUUGUUUUUCGCUCUUCGCCUCUUUAGCUUAUUAAUAUCAGUGUUAAUGAUUUGUGCACUCACUUUUAAAGAGAAACAUGAAUUUACCAAUCAUUCAAGCACAUCUACCGAAUAUCGAAUCAAAGAUUCAGAACAAUUUCCAACCACAACCAAUAACAAUAACAAUCAUCACUCCAAGAAAACACAUUCAACUGUUGGCACCAAAAUAUCAUCAAAUUCACCUUCAUCAACUGCCAACAGGAAACAAAAUCUAAUCAAUUAUACCAUUUGGCGGAAUCCAUUGUACCUUUUAUGGGUAAUUUCAGUGCCAAUAGCACUGGUUGGCUACUUUGUUCCCCACUUUCAUUUGGUUAAACACGCUUCUGACAUUCUGCCCGGUUCUAAUGGUGAACUCUUAGUUACUUGUAUUGGUGCUACUUCAGGAAUUGGUCGACUUGUGUUUGGCCAAAUAUCAGAUAUUCAAUCAGUUAAUCCAGUUGUACUUCAACAGAUUGCCCUGCUGGCCAUUGGUGGGUCAACAAUGUUGUUCACCAUUGCCAAAAGUUAUGUUUUACUGUUAAUUUUGUGUGCCAUUUUUGGUCUCUUUGAUGGUUGCUUUGUAUCCUUAAUGGGUCCGGUUGCAUAUUCAUUGGUCGGUAAGGAAGGUGCCUCACAAGCAAUCGGUUUUGUGCUUGGACUCAGUUCAAUACCCUUCAUGCUUGGUCCUCCAUUAGCAGGUUAUUUAUAUGAUUUAAAUGGCGAUUACUUUUAUGCCUUUCUAUUGGGUGGUUUACCUCCAUUUAUUGGAGCUUUAAUUAUGAUUCCAAUUGUGAGUAUUCAACGUCGUCGUGCAAAUCGCUCGUUAAAACAAUUGGAGGCUAAAUCAGGUGAAAUUACGGCCACAACUGGGACAAUCAAUGGUUUUGAUGGAGACUGUUCAGCAAUGGCAACUGAAAUUGAUCCAUUAACAUCAAGCCUUAUUAGUGAUAAUAUUAAAUCGCAUUUUCAUGAUAAUCAUAAACUGUAUCAACAUAAUCAACAAAAUUCUCAUCCAAAUGAUCUUCAUCAUAACAAUCAUCCCAAUCACCAUCAUCAACAUCAACAACAAAUUAGUUGUUAUAAACCAAAUAAUCAUCUUCACAAUGGUUCAAAUCAUCAUUGGAUUAACAAUAGUAAUGAUGCCGAUGAAUCUAAUAAUUGUCCUGAGAAUGUUUCACUUCUCAAUAAACCUAGUCAACCGACUGUGAUUUUGUGUGAGAAUCAGUUUAAAUCAACAUAAAAUAAUUUAAAUUAGUCUAGUUAGUAAAACAAAUUUAGAUAAAAAAAGAAGGCAAAAAUUGAACACAUUAAUACGCAAAAUAGAUACAAUCAUGUCAAUAGUGUUUAGGUAAUUUCGUAUUUCAAUUUGUCAGUAAUCAAAUUAACAAUUAAAUUCCGUUUAUUUUUCAUCCAAGUGUAGUCCACUUUGCAAUCAGAUUUUAUUGUUAUUACGGAAAAAUAUUUUGCAAAAGUUAAACUCUAUCGAUAUUUCUGAUUCUCACUUGAUUUGAAUGGAUAUAGAGUUGAUAGUAAUAUUGAUAUAAAGUGGUGUUUAACAUGUUGAAAAAGCUCAACUGUGAAUCUGAACAAAAUUAAGUGAAAUGUUUUCAUUAAUUUGUGAUUUUAAUUGUCAUUGUAACAUUUCUUUGCUAUUAACUAUUAUUAUUAUAAUUAUUAUUAUAUUGUGACAAGUUCAAAACAUUUUGUGCCCUUCAAAAUGGCCUAUCAACUGACUUUUGAUUGCAAUUAUUAUAAGCUGCAAAAGCGCAUCCUUUCACCAUUAUUAUUUAAAUGAAAUUGAUUGUAAUUUUUAAUUUCAAACAUUAAAUUGUUGGGAUUAUUUUGAUAUUUAUAGAAAAAUAAAAAAUGUAUUUCAAUUAA